UGGUUAGAAUUCAUAACAUAACCUCAACGAUUCCAUUACAUUUUCGUGAUAUUAUUUAAUUUUAAACAAAAACAAUGGCAAAUUGCAAGAUACACAACGUCCGAUUCUACAAACCGAAACCUGAAGCUAUUUAUUGUAUGACUUUCCACGCAACAGCCAAAAAACUUGCACUUUCAAGGGCCGACGGUACCAUAGAAAUUUGGAAUUUAAAUCACGUACCUUGUAUCGAACGUACAAUUAUAGCUACUGUCGAUAAUUUAAGCAUCGAGGCAUUAACGUGGUGUGGAGACAGCUUGUUUAGUGUCGGCUUAAAUGGUCUUCUAAUCGAAUACGACUUGCUCACAUUGACGAAGAAAAGGGUUGUUACUGUAACCGGAGAAGCUUGUUAUUGUAUUGACGUUACAAAGGAUGCUAGAUACAUAGCCGUGGGUACCGAACAGGGCUAUUUAAAUAUCUUUAAAGUUGAUGAGGACGAUGUUCUGUUUGAGAAGUUUCUCGACAAGCAAGAAGGUCGCAUACUAUGUUUAAAGUACGACCCCUCGUGUCAGUUCAUUGCGUCUGGCAGUUUAGAUGCUAUUCGCAUUUGGGAUGUUAAAACUGGACAUGCCUUGCAUCGGAUUACUACAGGGCGAUCGGAAGCGAAUCAGCCUACGAUUGUUUGGUGCAUAAAUAUCCUAAAGGAUUUGACUAUAGUAAGUGGAGAUUCUCGCGGUAAACUUACAAUGUAUGAUGGGAAAGUUGGUGCACAGAUUGAAAGUUUCCAGUCGCAUAAGGCGGACAUUUUAUCACUUUGCGUGUCUGCAGGUGAAGAUUCGAUUUAUUGUGCCGGUGUGGAUAGUAACAUAGUGAAUUAUGUUAAAGUGAAGGUUACGGAGGGCAAUUAUAAGUGGGUGAAAAGUGUGCAGAGGAAGGUGCACGAGCACGAUGUCAGAGCUCUUGUGUUACACGAAGGGAAGUUGUAUUCGGGUGGGUUAGAUGGGUAUUUAGCUUGUAGUUAUUGUCCUCCAAAAACUUUGUUAAAAUACCCACCCAUUUUACAAAAUCCGUGCGUAGUUGUCGCUAAGAAAGCUCGCUGUAUUUUACUACGUUUCAUUGAUCACUUAGAAAUAUGGGGUUUGGGGAAGAGUACAGAUAAAAAACAGAAUUCUGAUCUGUUGCAACUUGUGGAAGAACCGGUUCACUUACUCACCUUGCAAAGGUUGGUAAAGAAUGAUGGUGCCGAGAUCAAGGAGGGAAUAGUUUGUUCGUCAAUUUCCAAUGAUGGCAAGUGGAUUGUUUUCAGUACUAACUCGGUGCUGCGAAUUUUCAACUUUAGUUAUAGUGCAAGCGAAACCCCUUCAUUAUUACCUAUAGAUGAUUUGCCCGAAAGCUGCUCUGUCAGUCUACAGGCAGUGUUUACACCUAACUGUCAGCGACUGAUACUGGCGCCCCAGAGUGGUGGUUUACAAGUUUAUGAACUAGUUGGAGGGGCUCCAAUGUUAGUACAGACAAUUGUUACAAAGACUGUUUUAAAAGAUACGAUCACAUUUUUGGAAAUUUCCCAGUCCGGACGCUAUUUAAUAGCGGGAGAUCCAUCUGGUAACAUUGCCAUAUGGAUGCUGAAUCAGCAGUCUGAAUGGGAACACUACUGUAAGCUACCGAGGUACAGCGUCAGCAUACCUACAAGUAUAGCACUACAUCCGAACGAUAAAAAUUUGAUUGUCACGUACGCAGAUCACAAGUUGGUCGAAUAUAAUAUUAAACGUAGACGAUUUACUUCAUUUUCGCUGGCACUAGAAAAACAAUCGAUUUGGCCGAGUAAAUCUUUUCCAGUUCGUAACAUCGCGUUCGAUUCUAGGAGGCAGAACAUAAUUAUUCUUCAUGAUGAUAGCCACAUAGUUAUUGCUGACCAAGAUAAGUCUCUAUCAAAAGAGAAUGUUAAAAUUCCGAAAAGGGAGGUAACGAGCCCAUCGAACAGGAGGAGUGCAGCUAAUGUUUCUUCGUCCAUUUUUCGCACCAUUAAAAAGUACAAACACCUGGUCUAUCUGGGGUGGCUAUCCGACGAGGAAAUGGUUGCGGUAGAAGUCAGCCCACAAAACCUCCUGGAGCAACUACCACCUUGUCUCAAACAGUCGAAGUUUGGUACUAAAUAAAUUCUUGUAAUUAAA